CCUGGCUAAGAGCUAAUUGAAACAAGCCCGUCGUGGCUUUGUCUGUAUCCUUUCCUGUGCACCUUGAAAAUGCUUCGUGACCGCCACAUCCGCCAUGAUGCACCACCAAUGAGAACAGCCAGGGAGCUGCAACACGGGGCAGCUUUACCAAAUUCGGUAAUUGGAGCGCCGACAAGUAAAUAAGCGCCAUCCCAGCGUCCGAGAGGAGCUCACCUUUGAGGCACAUCGGGCACACGCAGCCCUGCACGUACCGGCUCCAGUUUGAAUUGGGAGAAACCCGUAAAUUUGGCAAAGGAAAACCGUCCGCCAUGGUCAUGGAGGCCCUCAUGUCAGCGCUGCCCACCCUGACAACUGAGGCAGCUGGCAGCAGCCUCUGGCUGACCAGCGCCCUGUCCCUCUCCGAGAUGCUGGCCAACAACAGCACCAGCCCCAAUGCAUCUCUGGUUGCCGCCACUACGAGCUCGGCGGCAGCAGCAACGACGGCAUCCACAGCCUCCCCAGCGGAAACUGUGGGAAAGGUCCCAGACAAACCCGAGCUGAAUGACAAUGUAUCCACGGUACUGAGUUCGUAUCCCGGCUAUAUACACUAUCGCGAUAAGUACGAUCUGAGUUACAUUGCCAGAGUGAACCCCUUCUGGCUGCAAUUCGAACCGCCGAAAUCCAGCACUUUCUACCUCAUGGCCGCCCUCUACUGCCUUAUCUCGGUGGUGGGGUGCGUGGGAAACGCAUUCGUCAUCUUCAUGUUCACAAACCGCAAAUCGCUUCGGACACCGGCCAACAUUCUGGUGAUGAAUCUGGCCAUUUGCGACUUUCUGAUGCUCGUCAAGUGUCCCAUUGCCAUCUACAACAACAUCAAGGAGGGGCCGGCGCUGGGCGAUGCAGCCUGCCGCAUCUACGGGUUUGUGGGAGGUCUCAGUGGCACCUGCGCCAUCGGUACUCUCACGGCCAUUGCCCUGGACCGGUACAACGUGGUGGUGCAUCCGCUUCAGCCCCUGCGCCGCUGCUCGCGACUUCGUUCCUACCUGAUUAUCUUCCUUAUCUGGUCCUAUAGCUUCCUGUUCGCCGUGAUGCCCGCCUUGGAUAUCGGGCUGUCCGUUUACGUGCCCGAAGGAUUCCUGACCACCUGCAGCUUCGAUUACCUGAACAAGGAGACUCCGGCGCGCAUCUUCAUGGCGCUCUUCUUCGUGGCCGCUUACUGCGUACCGCUAACCACCAUCGUGUACUCCUACUUCUACAUCCUCAAGGUGGUGUUCACGGCGAGCCGCAUCCAAUCGAACAAGGACAAGGCCAAGACGGAGCAGAAGCUGGCCUUCAUCGUGGCUGCCAUCAUCGGACUGUGGUUCUUGGCCUGGUCGCCCUACGCCAUCGUAGCCAUGAUGGGGGUGUUCGGCCAGGAGCGCCACAUCACGCCGCUCGGCUCCAUGAUCCCGGCGCUCUUCUGCAAGACAGCCGCCUGCGUCGAUCCGUACCUGUAUGCCGCCACGCAUCCCAGAUUCCGUGUCGAGGUCCGCAUGCUCUUCUUUGGACGCGGCGUACUAAGGCGGGUCUCCACCACGCGAUCCUCCUACAUGACGCGCUCCCGGUCCUCGUUCAACCGACGGUUGCGUCCACCCGCCGACGCAGACCACCGGGUGGAGGCCUACCAGAUGAACAACAACCUGAUGAUGGUGCCCGAGGAGACGGAGGAAAACGAGGAAAGUGUCGUUGUGGCUGUUGAGUUGAACAACUCGUACAGCGGCAUGGAGCAGAGUAAGUUUUAAAAGGAGACCAAAGUGAGUCGUCACCCAUCCUGGAAGAUCGGAUAGAUGGGUUUGUGGCGCAAUCAAUUAAACAUCGAAUCCGCGUAAUCCUUAGUCAUUUGCGAAAUUUGUCAUGCAUACACACACACUAGGGACCCGGCUCGAAAGCGGCAUGAGAAUCUCUUUGCCGCAAAAGAAGAGCGAAAUGCUUUGUUCGGUCACUGCAAUGGAUUCCAUGCCAUGCCAGGGAUUCGCACAACGCGUCGUCUCGCCCCAUAAUGAAAGCGAACAGAAAAUGAAACGGAAAUGGAUGGAAAUGAAAAUGGAACUCUUGGCCAUUGUGUUGUGUGUUAUGAAAUGCUUCUUGGUCAAGGAGGAGAAGCUAUUACGAUAGCGACAGCAACAGCAACUGAAGAAAGUGAUAGCAAACAUACUCACUCGUAUUUAAUGAGCUUACGGAAUGUUUUGAGGGAAUCCGAGUACAAUAGUCGAAGUACAGCAUGUGCGAUAGGAACUGGUAAUUAUGUAAGUCUAGGGAAUUAGGUGGUAGCCAUAAGCAGUGCAGAGCCAACAUUAGUACAAAGAGCGAUUCGAGUAGGAGUCGCCGCGGCAGUGGCAGGGGCAGCGACAGCAGCAGCGGCCUGAGGGCAAAUGCGAUGGGAAUACGACACAUCAUUUCAGGGAAAGUCAUACAUUAAAUCCAGAUAAUUGCGUAGGCCGGACGCACAUCUGGACACAUCUGCACAUUAGCAACUAAGGGCCAUUCCGAGAAGGAGUAUCGAGGGGGCAAAUUAUUUUAAAAGGAUGUUCAGAUUGUUUGCGUGUUGGGUCACUACAAUCAGCUUGAUUGCGAAUAAUUUUAAUUGCACUGUGAUGGCAGCUUAGUUGUGCAUUAGGGCUUUCAAUUAUUCAAAGGAAGCCACAGAUAAAUUUUCGAUUUCGCAAAGUAAAUUAAUUUAAUUGAUUCUAUGUCUUAAUGUCUACUCCUGCGGCCCGAUGUACCUUAUAGAUAUAGUAGGAUGUAUCGUAACCACUCUACCUAAGUAAGCGAACUAAGCGACUUUGAUAAAGUCACCGAGUACUUGUACCUGUCACAAUGAUAGAACAUUGAAAGUAAGCAACUUAUACAUACAUAUAUCGAAUUUAUACCCCAUAAACCUACUAAUACUUACUGUCUGUGUAUAAUUUUGUGUGUAAUGAAUUGUGUGUGUGUACUUUGUCCAUGUAUAAUGUAUUUAUGUAUGUUUGUAGUGAAACUACAAUGGGCCGGAGAACAAUGACGGAACAGAAGAUGAAUAAGUCGCCAAGCAUUUUAAUUACGAGAAUACAAAUUUAAGCCAUUGUUGUGGAAACCUAUGUACUGUUUCCUUCGCCAUGGCGGAGAACAAUGGGCACGGGUCCAGUAACUCGUACCGUACUGUUGGUUGUAAUGGUCCUCAAAA